GUACAGUGUUCCUACGCGUGUUUCCGCGAACAUGGCGCUUGCGCGUGUUUUGUCUGGUCUGCUGAUUCCACGCUGUUUUGUUUGUGUCUUUGUUUAACAACAACCAGGUAACAUGACCUCAGGGGACAAGGGGUGACGUUUUUGCACGACUGUUCACUUUCCUGCGGCCGUUGUGAAAUACCAAGUGCGUCAGUCAUGUCAGGUAACAGUGAUGGUGAAUUAAAAGAAGCGGGAAACGACGAUGAACUCCUCAACCAAGUUGCAAGGGACGCAGCUUCACGUGGCUCUGAGCCACUUAAUUUGUCGUCAGAACCUUCAGCAAAGUCGAAUAUUCCCGCACACGACGUCCAGUGUGUGCAUAAUGCAGAACUUGUCACUGAAGUCGCCAAUGAAAAAGAGCCAGUUGAUAUUGCCUCUGAUAUAGCCUCUGAUAUUGUGGACGAUGAUAACACUGUCGGAGAAGCAUUGGUGAUCUGCGAGCCUGACAGUACGACGGCCCUCAACGUUCAGGGAGAUGACAAAAAGGAAGAAAAUGCGCAAGAGAAGGGUUUCUCGUUGGCGUCCGAAGAAGGCAGGCAACACUUGAGGGAAUUAAGUCAGGAGUUGAUGAGCUUAAAUGAAGAAGGUAGAAAGACAUUUCGAGGUGAAACGACAUCCGAAGAAGGAACGCCCAAAAAGAAGCAGAAGGAAGACAGGAAACGAAAGAGGCCUGCCGCGAAGAAGGGUGAAUCCGUAAAGAAGUCCAAGAAAGCAAGAACUAAGGCAGGGACAUCUGAAACGUCGCCCCUGAGUGAGCCGGAAAUAGAACCGGUUACGGAACUUGACAAAAUACUGGAAGACACGGCCGAACGGAACAACCUUACAGUUCAAAAUGUCAAGAACAUCUUGAGGCGCGUCAUAACCAACGAACAUGUCCUGGCAAUGCUCCGGAACUCCAUGCUUGAAGAAGGAGAAGCCGGUACGGAGGAAGAAGCCAUGUUUGAGCCAAAGUUCACACGAGCCAAAGCCCGCGAGCUCAUGGGGAAACAGCCUCAUCUUCUGUGGCCAGUAUCCCCAGUGAAGACACAAACCUCGACAACGUCCCAAAAGCUGUUGCAAGAAGAGUUUGCGGAUGAGAGUGACUCUGAUGAAGAGUAUCGCCCUGUCUCGGAUGAGAGUGAAGAUGAUUCUGAGAGCCUAGCAUCAGCAUCAUUCCUGAGCAGUCAAGGAUCUCCUCCCCACCAGCCAGAUAUGAUGCCGUCCAUCACGGAACCAGAAAACUCUCCGCUUCGCACUACUGCGGGGUCUCCGUUGCCCACGGACAAGGAAGGAGUGAUAGCGGAACGGACGAGGUCUAAACUGCCACUGAACGACACUCCCCUUGAGAGUAUCGAGGCUCAAUUCAUCGCACCGGAUAUUACGACGGACAUGUACGACACCAAGUGUGACGACGAGGAGUGGAGGGAGUUUUUGGUGUCCUUCUCCAAACCUCUUGAUGUAAGUGAAACUGUUGAGGACAAUGAUGUUGAAGACCCGGAAUACAAUUUUCUGGAAGAAGAUGAAGAUCCAGACUCCUGGGACUUGAGAAAUGAUCGUGCCGUUAAAAUAUCAAAGAAAGAGGUCAAUGAGUUGAUGACUGAGUUGAUGCAGGCAGCAACAAAGGAGCUCCUAGAUGUCGAAGAUGAUGAUGAGGUUGCUACGGCACCUCAGAAGCCUGCAAGUCGAACGCAGACUCCAGCGAAGGACACUGGGAAUGUCGUGGCAGAACUAACCGAAACUGAGAUCUUCCAGGAGGCGACGGAACUUGUCCACAAAGAGUGUUACGAGGCUCUGUUGCCUCGUCAGCUCCAGCAGCUCGAAGAGCAGAUGAGAAUGCAUGUGCAAUUGUUGACGCAAGUGUGUAUCCUGAGCAGUAACAAUGAUGCACUGACAAAGUACUUCCAAACGUCAGAAAUGCUACUGAAAGAAUUGCACAGAUUUGCGCAUCGACCUCUGCCCGAUGGUAGACGUUCGUACUUCUUGGCAUGCAACUUGGAUGAAGCGGUGUCGUUGCUAGAUCAAGUCCCUCGGUGGGGAGGCUGCACUCCCAUGAAAGUAAACAGACGUAUUGUGCGCAAGAAUCCCAUACGAACACAAGUUCCAUCUCACGUACGCGAGUUACUGUGUGAGAGCUGCGUCUUCAUGUAUCCUGAACUGCUUCCUGCCAGCCGACUGUAUUGCCCCGAAAAUGAUCCAUUCCGCAAGGUCAUUUUCCUCCCCUCAGAAGAUCACUUGCUGGCAUUAGGAUUAGAACAGUUUGUUCCGCCCAAGGGAUCCCCAUUUGUCCCUGUACACCUGAAACUCAUUCACACCUUCUUGCUGCCAGUGAAAACAGAUCAGCAGAUCAAAAUACGAAUCAAGAACAUCAUUUACAAGCCACAGAAUGAAAAUAAUCCAAUUAGAUACUGGGCAGUCCAUCGAACAGCUAUGCCUCUGGAAUGGGAGCCAUAUCCACUGAAUAUAGAGGCCAGAGAGCCACCGUCCAAACAGCCCAUUUCUAUUCUGCCAACUUGGAUGCAAAACUACCUCCUGACAAGGCCAUGCCAGCGACCGAGCAUUAUUUUGCCUGUGACAACGGUACCAAACAUUGCAAGCUCGAUGUUGCCAGUUGGUAGCACGGUCAUACUCACCACGACUGCUCAACUUGUGACCACUCCCGUUACAAUCCAAGCCGUGUCAUCACCUUUCGUUGUCGCGUCUCAAGGGCCCGUGGUUGUCUCACCGCUGAAGAGCCUAACGUCCAUAAAGCAUGCAUCACCCCUUAAACACAUAUCUCCUCUGAGGCAUAUUUCUCCACUGCGGCACAUCUCCCCUCUGAGGCAGAUCUCCCCGGUUAAACAGCUGUCUCCUCUGAAACAAAUCUCUCCCAUCUUGAAGAAGUACAACCACUUUGCUGCAAGGAGGAUUCUGCCUAACACACCAGCAUCAGUGCGGAAACGGCUGCAUUAUUCGCAAGAACCUUCCGCAAGAUCUGCUCCAACUCCAGGACCCACGGACACGGCCUCACCAACAGCAAAAACAGUGACAAAGGGCAAAGACUCGAGCACGCCGACGUUGGAGUCGUGCAAAAAGGCAGCAGUGUCGUCGUCUGCUACUGGUGGGGGCCAUACUGGAACGGAAAGUGACGUUGGAACAGACGACACUGAGGACAACGAGGGAGACCUGGCUGCACUGAUGGCAGCGAGCAGCACCAUCAGGCGAACGCCCCACUCACUCACACGCAAACAGAGCAAGCAGCAGCGUGAUACUGAGGCUACUCUUGCACUUCUGGCAUCAAACUUAGUGGAGUCUGAUCCUCAGAAAGAAGAACGUGAAGUUCAGUUUGCUGUGAGCUACCUGCAGAAGGUGCAGGAGGUUCUGCAAGAUGACAAUGAAACUUUCCAGCGUUUCAUGCGUAUCGUCGAUGACCAUGAUUUUCUCAGUAAUGACAGAAGCGCUGCUCAGGUCUUUGAACAAGUGUCCGAAGUGUUCGCCAAGUACCCAGAGCUGGUAGACGGCUUUGUUUCCUUCCUGCUCCCGGAACAAGCGGUCGAGUGUGGCAAGUUCACAGAAUACCUCAUCUUCAGCAAGAUACGCCUCUUCCUCCGCAAACUAGAGGUCCAUUUUAGUCAGCAGCCGCAACAACUUCAACGCAUCCUAAAGACACUGAAUCAAGUUCAACGCCAGCCUGAUCUCACAGCGGAGACGCUGUGCAGCAUGCUCCAGCCGUUGCUUCGUGGACAGAGCCACUUGCUGGAUGAAUUCCUGAAGUUGUUGCCAAGCCAGAAAGUCCCCGAAAGCGACAUGACGGACUUUGAGGAAGUGACCAUUCCAGAUGGAGAAGAGGAGGACAGCUGCGAGGAGGUGACGCUGUCUCCUGCACACGAGACCUUGGGUACAAAGGAAUGUCCCUGUCCUUGCCAUCAGGAGGGCAACGACACGCGUUAUGUUUCCCGCGCUCGACACUGCACCAAAUGUGGCAUUAAGUUCCUAGAUGGACGCGUGUUCAUCCAGACUGGCAAAGUCAUGCGACCUGCGCACGUCAUCUUCGGCUCCGUGGGUCCCUCUCCACCCUGGAGGGGUUCCCUUCCUCGAUCACCCACCACCAAGUCACCGCUAAGGUCACCUCCUGAGACAACGGUGGUGACGCUCGCUGAAAGACCCAUGUCUCCCAUUUCACUCUCGGGCGACAUUGGACGGCUUCAAGACGGAGCUUGUACAGAUGUAUCAACAAAGCAAGAUAACACGUCACAUUCCUGUGGUGCUGAACCUAAUCGUACUGAGAAUCCUGUCCAGCAACCUCCGAUAAAGUUGUGGUCUAGGGAGGAAGACGGCAUCUUACUUCAGAGUUGCCAACGACUAGGUAGUGAAAGGGGGGUACAAGAGGCGUCAGGGGCACUGGGUAGGCCUCGAGAUCAGGUGCAGUGUAGGUUCCAAGAGCUGAUGGCCCUCUUCGAAGCCCACAACAGCAAGGAUGGAAAUUCAUGACCUCAACCCAGCACACCUUCCGUUUUAUUUGUGACUGCGCAUCAUUAUUUGUUGCAUCAAUAUUUUGGUAUGUUUAGUAGGCAAAAGGUUGUCUGAAAACCAUAAAAUAAAUGUACAUAUUGUGUG